AUGACCUUUCAUGAGUAUGCAAUCCGUACUCCACAAAUUAAGGUAGUUGAUUCAGGGAGAGCUCAGGGUGUCAUUGAGCAAGUAGAUCAUGUAAAGGAUGUUUCUGAUUGGUCAAAUGAUGAGUCAGUGCAAUUUCAAGCUGAGAAGGAAGAUAGAGUCCUGAUGAGAAGGUAUCAUGAGGCCAUCACGGGUGGAGAAUCGACACAUUAUUCUAUUGCCAUGAGUGAGGAGGGAGUUGAGCAGUUGAACAGCUUGGCGAUGGCUACGUUUCAUGCCUUCCAUAUUCAGGGGAGGUUUGAGAACUCUUUGAAUGCAUCGUUUAUUGCACUUAUUCCUAAGAAGGGGGGAGCUUCGGAUGUAAAGGACUCUAGACCUAUUACUCUUAUUGCUAGUGAAUGUGUGGACACGAGGUUGAGGAGUGGUGUCCCAGGGGUUCUGUGCAAGCUCGAUGUUGAGAAAGCUUAUGAUCAUGUGAGUCGGAAGUUCUUCUUGUAUUUGAUGGACAAAAUGGGUUUUGGGGAUAAAUGGAGGUGUUGGAUUGAGGCCUACAUAUCUUUAGUCAGAUUUUCGGUGAUGGUUAAUGGGUCUCCGACCGGGUUCUUUGGUAGCUCGCGAGGCUUGCGUCAGGGGGAUCCUUUGUCUCCUUUCUUGUUCAUUAUUGUUAUGGAGGCUCUUAGUAGGUUGAUGAGGAGGGCGGUGGAGUUGGGUUUUAUUAAGGGGUUCAUGGUGGGUGGGGGUGAUGUUCAUCAUAUGGAGAUUUCUCACUUAUUGUUUGUGGAUGACACGUCGGUGUUUUGUGAGGCUGAGAGAAAUGUGGGUGUUUGGGAUCUGGUGAUUGAGAGGGUUCAGAGGAGACUUGCAGGGUGGAAGAAGCAGUAUUUAUCGAAAGGGGGAAAGGUCACUCUUUUGAAAAGCACACUAUCAAGUCUUCCUACUUAUUUUUUAUCCCUCUUCCAGAUACCAACUGGGGUUGCUAGUUCGAUUGAGAGGCUUCAAAGGAAUUUUCUAUGGGGUGGACUUCAAGGAGAAUUUAAAUAUCAUCUUGUUCGGUGGGAGCAGGUUUGUAGGCCGAUUCAGGCCGAAGGCUUAGGGAUAAGGAGGUUGGUGCCAUUUAACAGGACUCUUCUUGGCAAGUGGUUGUGGAGAUUCGAAAUGGAACGUCAUAGGUUGUGGAGGAGGGUUAUUUUGUGCCGGUUUGGGGAAGAAACGGGGGGAUGGUGCUCGUGUUUGGUGAGGAUUCCUGUUGGUGUCGGAGUUUGGAAAUUCAUUAGGAAAGGUUGGAAUGAGUUUUCAAAACACAUCAGAUUCAGAGUUCAGGAGGGUAGGGAUGUGCGGUUUUUGGGGGAUCUUCGGUGUGGUGAUUGUACUCUUGCUUGUGCAUUUCCCAGAUUGCUUGAUAGCGGGAGGGUUACUUGGGAUGUGCGGUUUAUGCGAGUGCUUCAGGAUUGGGAGUUGGACGACAUUUGUGAGUUGCUAGAUCGGUUGUAUCGGCAUGAGAUCCGCGGCAGGGAUAGAAAUUCGCUUGUUUGGGUGCCUGCUUCUCGGGGAAUGUUUGAAGUGAGAUCAUAUUUCCGAUGCUUAUCAGAUAAUACAGGGAUUAUGUUUCCGUGA